AUGGAAAGAUCAGACAAGCUCCCUUAUGCUCGAGAGACUUCGUGCUAUGACGAUUGCCCGUACCUUACAAUGACUGAGUUUCUGCCGCAACUAGAGCUGGCCACGAAUCCAAAGGUCAUCAAUAUAUCAUCUUCUUUUGGCUCUAUCUCGAAACCUGGCUUUUUGUAUACUAAGCUGACUGGCUGGGACGGAGAGGAUGAUAUGGAAACCUGCAUCAAGGGACUGAUGAAAAUCAUCGACUCCAUCUCACAUGAAGAUACUGGUGCUUUCUUAAAAUGGGACGGUAGCAAGAUCCCAUUCUAA